CUGAAAUAUAAUUGAAUAGUUAAUCGUUUAGACAACAGGGAGCUAGUUUCAAAACGGCUUUAUUUAGGUUAUCCUAAUGGGCCCCUUUUUUCAAAUUUGCGUCUGAAACAGAUUCUCUCUACUAGAGUCCCAUUGCGAUAGGCUAAACACUGCUCGAUCGCUUCAUGGACUAUGUCAUUUCAACACAAUGUCAGAUGAAAACGAUGAAGACUCCGAGGAAUGGGAGGAAGAAGAACGAACAGGAGGCACACUUUCUUUUGUGACUACUUUUUUCAGCGGUGUUGUUUCAGGAUUCCUAAGGAAUUUGGGCUGUUUUCGAAGAGUCAACAUGCUUAACGUCCCGUCCCAGUCCUUCCCAGCGCCAAGCUCCCAGCAGCGCGUGGCUCCGGCGGGACAGUCCGGGCGAAACAAGGUGGCUCUAAAGCCAGGCCACAGCUUGAUGGACUGGAUCCGAGUGGCCAAGAGUGGGCGGGACUUGACAGGGCUGAAAGGUCGCCUGAUCGAGGUGACGGAGGAGGAGCUGGGGAGACACAACACCAGGGAGGACUGCUGGACCUGCAUACGAGGCAUGGUUUACAAUAUAAGCCCCUACAUGGAGUUCCACCCUGGAGGAGAAGAGGAGUUAAUGAAGGCAGCAGGCAUAGAUGGCACAGACCUGUUUGACCAGGUCCACAGGUGGGUCAACUAUGAGUCCAUGCUGAAAGAAUGCCUUGUGGGCAGGAUGGCAGUGAAGAGUAGCACUGGCAUUAAAGCCCCCAAGAAGGACAGCAUGACUCACUUGAACGGUCUCUCCCUUCCCCCGCCCCCUUCGUCCAUGGCCCCCCCUGUAGGCCUCGCCCCGCCCUCACCCUCUGCCCCACAACAGCCAGCAGCAGCCCCACCUCCAACCAAAGAUGCGCGGCCCAGGUACGACUGGUUCCAGACAGACGCGACUGUUAACCUGGUGGUGUACACCAAGAGGAAGAUCCCCAGCACGGGUUGUACCAUCGUGGACCUGCAGGGGGGUGUGCUGCGACUGGAGGUCCUGCUGGGGAAAAUGUCUUACAUGCUUCAUCUACGGCUCGCCCAAGACGUACAGCCAAGCGUUGCUGUCCAGACAGCAUCUGCUGUGGGGACGGUCCAGCUCAUCCUUCGUAAGCAGGCCAGGGGGACGUGGCCAGAGCUGGGCCAGCCUCUGGACUCGCACGACUCUCUCCUGCGGAGGAAGGACAGAGGCUUCUUCUACAGGGAGUGUGUGUUGGUGUCUAAAAGCGAGGUGACCCACGACACGCUGGUCUUCCGGCUGCAGCUGCCUCAGGGAACGCUUCUGCACGUGCCCACUGGGAAACACGUCUACCUCAAGGCCCGUAUCCAAGAUAGUGAGGUGGUGAAACCGUACACUCCAGUAGAGCAGACACUCAUGCCUGCUGGCCACGCCCCUCCGGAUCCCGCAGGCUCUGCCCCCACGCCCCUCCCGGACUCCUCCCCACAGGGGGCGGGGCCUGACCUGUUCCUCAUGGUCAAGGUGUACCCAGAUGGAGUGUUCAGCCCUCAUCUGAACAGCCUUGAGACGGGUGACCGUCUGUCGGUAAGUAACCCUGAUGGACCGUUCAGUCUCCGCCCCCUCCGUGAUGUCACACACCUGUAUCUGAUAGCUGCCGGAACGGGGUUCACGCCCAUGGCUCGACUCAUCCGAUUGGCUCUGGAGGAUCUGGCCAAUCUCAGGAAAACCAAGCUGAUGUUUUUCAACCGUCAGGAGAGAGACAUUCUAUGGCGCUCUGAGCUGGAUGACCUUGCUGCUAAGGAGGAGAGGUUCCAGGUGGACUACGUUCUCUCCCAGCCUUGUGAUAGGUGGAUGGGCAUGAAGGGGCGGGUGGACGCGACCAUGUUGGCAGACUUCCUGGUCCGUCCCGAGGGCUCCAGCUGUUACGUGUGUGUGUGUGGCCCCUCCCCCUUCACAGAGCUAGCCGUCAGGUUGGUGAAACAGCAGGGCUUCAGUGAAGAAGAGAUUCAUGCCUUCCAGGGCUGACAUCCACCAGUGUCAGCACUGACACCUCUUAGCCUCAGCUUGCUGCGUUUGUGUGUGUGGGUUGAUGUUUCUGUGUGUGUGUGUGAGGUGUCAUUAAGGUCUGAUAGGUGUAAAGGGUUGUUCUGUGUGGCGUUGUUCUGUGAACUGAGAGGAACCUAAUGCAUCUGUUGUUUACCAUGGUCUGCCCAGAGACUCUCAUGCUGUUAGACUAGCCGGGACAACGCUUCUCUCUCUCUCUCCCCAUCUCUCUCUCUCCAUCUCUCUCUCUCCCCAUCUCUCUCUCUCUUUAUCUGUACCUCUGUUCCCUCCCCUGUUCAUCCCCCCCGAGUCCUGUCCUGUCCACCUCUCUUUUUCUCUCCCGUCAUGUCCUCUCUCUCUAUCUCUACCUCUCUCUUCCCUCAUGUCCUCUCUCUCUAUCUCUACCUCUCUCUCCCCUCAUGUCCUCUCUCUCUAUCUC